AUGGAAGGGCCGGCUUGGCGCCAGGGCGGCCGCGGUAGGGGCAGGGGCAGAAGCGGAGCCGGGGGUCUCCCCGCAGGCAACGGGCCCGGCGGCCGGGGAAGGGCAAGAGGAGCGGGAGGCAUUUCAACGGUCUCCGCGUGUAAGAGCACCGUAUUGGGAGCCAAUGAGCUAGCUUCUCAGAAAAAAUUUGAUGAAAUUAAGAAGGCAAAUCAAGCUGCAGCUAAAAAACUUGUUGAAGAUCAGUUUAAUUCCUCAUCUGAAGAUGAUGAUGAAGAGGUUGAAGGAAAACAUGGAAAAAUACUGGCCAAAACAUUUACAACUUAUACUAAUCAAACUGAUGGAGAUGCGAGUGAAUUGGAACGCACAAGGCAAUACAUGAAUGAUGCUUUUCAGUCUGGGGCAAUGACAUGUUUGAUUUGUAUUGCUUCCAUUAAGAGAAACCAAGCUGUCUGGAGCUGCUCUGGAUGUUUCUGCAUAUUUCACAUGCCAUGCAUUCAGAAGUGGGCAAAGGACAGCCUUUUCCUAAUAUCUUCUCCCUUGACAGAUGAUGAUUUUGGAAAAAAGGAUUAUCCAUGGCCAUGUCCAAAAUGCCGGUUUGAGUACAAGCGAUCUGAGACUCCCACUCGCUACUACUGCUACUGUGGAAAGGUGGAGGAUCCGCCGUUGGAUCCUUGGCUGGUACCACAUUCUUGUGGCCAAGUGUGUGAAAGGGAUUUCAAGCCUCCCUGUGGACACAGGUGUCUUCUGCUUUGUCACCCAGGUCCUUGUCCACCUUGUCCAAAGAUGAUCACAAUAACCUGUUACUGUAGGAAGGCUAAGCCUGUGCCACGGAGAUGCAGUACAAAAGAAUGGUCAUGUCAGCUGCCCUGUGGACGGAAACUUCCAUGUGGACAGCACAACUGUGAGAAACCUUGUCAUCCAGGAGACUGUCAACCCUGUCCAAGGGUCAGUAAGCAAAGCUGUAUCUGUGGUAGACAAGUAGCAGAAAGACUUUGUGCAAGUCCUUUAUGGCAGUGUGAUCAGGUUUGUGGCAAAACAUUGCCUUGUGGUUUUCAUGCCUGCGAACAGAUUUGUCAUGGUGGCCGCUGCGGGGAAUGUCCUCGGUCUGGGAAAAGAUCUUGUCCGUGUGGAAAAUCGAAAUUUUCUUUGCCCUGUACGGAAGAUGUGCCUACUUGCGGAGACAGUUGUGACAAGGCUCUUGAAUGUGGGAUUCAUAGAUGUUCGCAGCGCUGCCAUCGAGGUCCCUGUGAAAUCUGUAGACAGGAAGUUGAAAAGCAGUGUCGCUGUGGGAAGCAUACAAAGCAGAUGCCCUGCCAUAAGCCAUACCUCUGUGAAACAAAGUGUACAAAAAUUCGUGACUGUCAAAAACACCAGUGCAAGAGGAAGUGCUGCUCUGGAAAUUGCCCACCCUGUGAUCAAGCCUGUGGACGAACAUUAGGAUGUCGGAAUCACAAGUGUCCUUCUGUCUGCCACAGAGGUAGCUGCUAUCCAUGUCCUGAGACUGUGGAUGUGAAGUGCAAUUGUGGUAAAACUUUUCUCAAAGUACCCUGUGGCAGAGAACGUACCACCAAACCCCCCAGGUGCAAAGAAAUAUGCAGGCGACCACCUACCUGCCAUCAUCCUAGUCGGGAGAAACACAGUUGUCACUUUGGCCCUUGUCCUCCUUGCCGUCAGCCCUGCAAGAAAAUCUUAGAGAAAUGCAGUCAUUUGUGUCCUGCUUUCUGCCAUGAUGAAGCGCUUGUGAAGCAAACAGGCUUGCACCAGCCUGCAGGCCCCUGGGAACAGUCAGCUGAGCCUGCUUUUAUUCAGACAGCAUUGCCUUGCCCUCCGUGUCAAGUCCCUAUUCCGACCCAAUGCCUUGGGAAACAUGAGGUCAGUCCAUUGCCAUGUCAUACUGUGGGACCUUACUCCUGUAAAAGAGUUUGUGGAAGACUGCUUGACUGUCAGAAUCAUACUUGCAUGAAAGAAUGCCAUAAAGUUACUGAAACCGAUAGCAACAGUGAUAUCCGAAAGGCAAGUCAAGAAUGUUCUCAGUGUGAAGAAGAGUGUUCUAAGCCACGACCACCUGGAUGCCCUCACUCGUGCCCUCUGCCUUGCCACCCUGGAGAAUGUCCACCAUGUGCCCAAAUGAUCCGGAUGAAGUGUCACUGCAAACUCAUAAGCCUGUAUAUUGAAUGCAUAAAAAUCACUUUUGCUGACUUAAAAGAAAAAGAUGAGCUGAGUUCCUGCAAAAAUCAAUGCCCCAAAGAGUUAUCCUGCGGUCAUCGAUGUAAAGAGAUUUGUCAUCCAGAUGACUGCCCUCAGAAUUGCAACCAAAAGGUCAAGGUCCGUUGCCCUUGCAAGAGACUCAAAAAGGAGGUGCUGUGCAGUAAGGUUCGGGAAGGCCAGGUUUCGUUAGAAUGUGACACAGUAUGCAAGGAAAUGAAACGGAAAGCUUCUGAGAUAAAAGAGGCAGAGGCCAGAGCUGCUAUCGAAGAGGAAAAACGAAGGCAACAGGCUGAACUGGAGGCUUUCGAGAACAGGUUAAAAGGACGUCGUAAGAACAAGAGAAAAAAGGAUGAAGUUGAAGUUGAACAAUCUCUAUGGCAAAAAUAUAAGAAUAGGAUUGUGCUGCCAGUAUGUGGAGCUGCUGUCAUAAUGGUUGCAUGGUUCAUAGCCUACAAUGACUGAAAUUGUAAUACUCAUUUCAGUUCACCUCAGUAUGAUUAUAGGGUAGCUAACUGCUAAAAUGUGUUAUGGUAUAAAUUAGGAUUUAAUGUAAAAUUGUGUUUUAGUAAUUUCCCCCUGUUUAUUUAGGGGGGAGGGGGACCCAGCCCUAGUCUUUAUACUUUUACCUUCAGAUCAAUUUAAAAUACACUGGACGUAGAUAUGCCAUACCAUCAAUCCUAAGCCAUUGUGUCAGAUUCUUUAAAAUGUCUCAUUGAGUGAGAUAUACCAAAUACUGUUCCUGUGAGCAUCCAUAUUUCAUGUUAUGUGUGAGGAUUUCCACGCAUGGUUUGUGUAGUUAUUUUUAAUGCUGCCGAUCACUUCUUGAUGUGUGGAAUAAAGAAACAGACAAUUUGCUACUCUCACCAUACCCAAAGGAUGCAUGACACUUGAAUCCCACAGGCGUCACUGUACACAAGCCCCCAAUAACUAGAUGCUGUUGCUUUAGCACACACAUACACAUCACAGCACCAUCCUGUGUGCAUAGAACACCCUUGUUUGGUUCAGAGUACUUGCAUCAAAUGCAAAAACAUCAUCUUCGCGAGUUGUGGAUCAGAUUUGUAUCUGAAUAGAGGUCAAUGUUGUAAUGUUUCAUUUAGUUUCAUUAAUGUAGGUCUUGGAGCAUAAAGCUACUCUUGCUGCAUAGCAAUCCUACCUUUCCCAUUAUAAUUCAAGUAUUCUAUACCCCCAAGAUUCAUUUUUGCUAAAGAGCAAAAAACAACAACAACAACGUUAACACUGAUCAUAUGCAAGUAGUCAAUUAUAUCUAUCUAUAUUUUAGUUCAAAAUCUAUUUUUGAUGUCCCCAGCAGAAGAACAUCUUUGAAGUCAUAGGAUUGGAUCCAGAAUUAGGCACAUGUAACUAGUCUGACAGAAGCAGACUUCUUUUUCCUUCCUCCCCACAGCAGUCCCCUCAAAAUGCUACACAAAGGCUCGUGGGACCCUGCUGAAUGUGAUGGGCUAUGGCACAUAAGAAAGGGACGGUCCCCCAAAAUCAGGCCAGGGCACUUCCUGUGUGUGCCAAAAUCUGGAACUAAUCCACACUUUUUCAGGAUUAAUAUUGCAAUCCCUCUUUUAAAAAAAGUAGUUUUCAGGAAGAAAAUGUACUUUAAGUGAAUUAGUAUGUAUGUCUGAUAUGUAAAGUGUCAUUCACAUUUUAGGGAAUCUCAUAUGUACAGGUAGCAAGUUAAUUCUUGAUUUAGGUGUUCAGAUGUGUACAAAAAUACAACAUGCUUGAUUAAACCAAUGCUCUUAUGUAAAGUCCUAUGGUUGUUGAAAUAUCUAGUUAAUCUGUUAGAUAGAUAUUUCUGUUAACAAACUGGCAGCCCUGCCUCAAAGCUUUCAAAAGUGAUUGAUUAAGAUAAUUGCCCAAAUCCUAAACUAUUUUAGUAAUUACUUAUGUAGAGAAUACUGUCACAUCAAAUAAAGGGAGUACAGGUUCAUCUGGCUCUCAUGCUGGUACUUAAAGUGGUAAAUUAAAUAUUAACUGAUGGUCAGUUUCCUAUGUAAACAAUGCCCAUAUAAGAAUUUGCUAAAUCUAAGUCAUGUAUCUUUGGCAAACAUUCCAUGUGAUGUCUCAAAGGAAUGCUUAUAGGAGUACUGAGCAGAUGCUACAGCUAGUCUGAAAUGUUCACAUAUCACCAACGGUGGGUCAGAUCUGAUUAUGAACAUUACAAAGGGCAAAAGUAUAUUUGCAUAGAAUAUAUCCAUUGUUCAGGGUUAUUAGUAUCAGAAGUAUGCUGUGCAAACUAUACAAUUUUCUUGGAGAAAUCAAGGCUUCAAAAUGUUGCAGCUUUUGACUUGCUAUACUCACAAAAGAAUGGAAAUCAUUUUUGUGUUUCCGUUACUUAGAAAAAACCCUUCUGGAGAGAUCUGUCCUGCAGUUUUAUGUUCUUUUAAAACCUUAAUUAGCUCAGUAGUUGACUUCCUAUCCACAUGAAUAAUGGAUAUUUAUAUUACUCUAGGUUGCCAGAUUUCACUCUUAGCUGUGUUAGCAUGGGCCCUUUAUUUUUGUAUCCUUACUAGAAAAAGAGAAUAUUCAUCUGUCAAUGUUAAUCAACUGUGUGAAAACCAAUAGCAGUUUGAGUCUUAUGUUUGUGUACUCUGUGUUUAUGUAGAACUUGGUUUGAAUGUUAAUGAGAUUAGUUAACUUCUUGACACAAAUAACUGGAGAGCUAAAAUGUUUAGGCUACUGCAACUCUCAUAUUAAAAUAUUUGUAUUUCUUCAAUUUGUGUAAAUAAUAUAUCUUUAUUUGGA